AUGCCCCUCCUAACCCCCCUCCUCACCAUCCUCAACCUCCUCCUCCUCCUCCUUCACUCCCCCCUCCCAACAUGCCUCGCCUCCAACCACAACGACAUCCCCUACUACACCCUCGAAGAGCACUGGGUCUCCCCCGCCCUCGCCCCCUUCCUCCUCCAAAACCACGUCAUCCGCGCCCUCAACCUCGGCUCGCGCGCCUCGCAGCUUCUCCCAGAAGUCGGGCCCUUGCGCCUCGCCUCCAUGGACGCCAACAACAUCCUUAUCCAAACCAUCUCGCACGUCCCCGUGCCCGAGGCCCUCUACCUGCCCAACCUGACCGCGCAAGCCAACGACCAGCUGGCCGCCCGCAUCGCCGCGUCACCGCAACCGAGCCGCUUCCGCGGGUUUUGUAUCCUGCCGAUGGGGCUGCCUGGCGCGGCGGCGGAGGAGCUGCGGCGGUGCGUGCGGGAGCUAGGGUUCGUGGGCGCGCUGGUCGACGCGCUGUUGCCGAACAGGCAGGCGUACGACGCGCCGGCGUACGACGAGCUGUGGGAGGUGGCGGUCAAGCUGGACGUGCCGAUCUACCUGCAUCCGACGCCGCCGAAUCCGGACGAGGUGUUUGAUGUCGGGGCGGGGUUGUAUGCGCCCGCGGUGCCGGGGGAGUAUUCGGAGUACGAGGCGGCGUCGUUGGGGACGUGGGCGUGGGGGUGGCAUGAGCGGGUGGGGCUGAGCUUCAUCAAGAUGUACCUCGGGGGCGUGUUUGAGCGGUUUCCGGGGCUGCAGGUCGUGCUGGGGCAUAUGGGGGAGCUGGUGCCGUUUUUUCUGGACAGGACGGAUCGGAAGGUGAGUGGGAAUCGGUCGGUGACGUUUAGGGAGGUGUGGGGGUGCAAUGUUUAUGUUACGACGAGCGGGAUGUUUAGUUUGGAUCCGAUGACGACGGUGUUGAGGACGACGGAUACCAAGAGGAUUAUGUACAGCGUUGAUUGGCCGCUCGAGUUCAACGAGGAUGGCACGAAGUUCAUGGCGGAGCUGAGGUCCAGCGGGCUGGUGUCGGAGAAGGAGUUUGAGGACAUUGCUUUCAAGAAUGCGAAGCGGCUUUUGCGGAUUUAG